CCACCCUGCCAUCGGAGGAUACCCUCCUGUACCACCUUGCCACCGGAGGAUACCCUCCUGUACCAACCUGCCACCGGAGGAUACCCUCCUGUACCACCUUGCCACCAGAGGAUACCCUCCUGUACCACCUUGCCACCGGAGGAUACCCUCCUGUACCACCUUGCCACCGGAGGAUACCCUCCUGUACCACCUUGCCAGCAGAGGAUACCCUCCUGUACCACCUUGCCACCGGAGGAUACCCUCCUGUACCACCUUGCCACCGGAGGAUACCCUCCUGUACCAACCUGCCACCGGAGGAUACCCUCCUGUACCACCUUGCCACCAGAGGAUACCCUCCUGUACCACCUUGCCACCGGAGGAUACCCUCCUGUACCACCUUGCCACCAGAGGAUACCCUCCUGUACCACCUUGCCACCGGAGGAUACCCUCCUGUACCAACCUGCCACCAGAGGAUACCCUCCUGUACCACCUUGCCACCGGAGGAUACCCUCCUGUACCACCUUGCCACCGGAGGAUACCCUCCUGUACCAACCUGCCACUGGAGGAUACCCUCCUGUACCAACCUGCCACCGGAGGGUACCCCCCUGUACCACCCUGCCACCGGAGGAUACACCGACAGUAUCCUAG